CAAUAUAUGAAACAUAACCCAGCACAGUAGAACACCCCACUUCCAUUGCUCCUCUUUUCCUUCAUUUCUGGGUUUCCUACUUCUCAGACAACCUUCAACCUUAGUGUUUUUCGAAGAGAGGAAAAAAAAACUCCCAGAUAAUCAAAACUAGUCGCAAAAGUGAAGUUUGGAACUUUAAUAAAUAAAUAAGAAAGUAACCAUGUCAUCUGCGGUGGAGGCAACUUCUCAAGAGAACCAUGAGGAGAGCAGCAACGAACGGCUAGAUUUGAGUCACCAUAUAGAUCCAACUGCUGCAGAUAUGUUAAUCCCUAAUGAAAUUCUUCUCAAAGCUGCCAUUUCUCUCAAGGAUCAGGUGGUGGAGGCGACGUGGAAAAGAGAUAGCAAUAUGGGUGCGGGUAUUGACCCGACAGUGUAUACGGGUCUUCUGGGGACAGCUUUCACCUGCUUGAGGUCGUACGAGGUUACCGGUAAUGAGCAGGACUUGCUAUUGUGCUCCAACAUUGUUGACACGUGUUCCGUUUCCGCACAUGCCUCCUCUAGGCAAAUGACCUUGACCUUCUUAUGUGGGAGAGGAGGAUUAUAUGCCCUUGGAGCCGUGGCCGCUAACUACAAGGGGGACCAUCAAGGACGUGACUUCUUUUUGAAUCUCUUCCUUGAGGUAGCACAAGAGAGAGCCCUCCCAGUUGGACCUGAGGAGGGUGGUUUUGGGAUGUCAUACGAGCUUAUGUAUGGGAGAGCUGGGUUUUUAUGGGCUGCUUUAUUCAUAAACAAUCAUCUUGGCGAAGGGACGUUACCUGGUGAUCUUCUUUUGCCUGUUGUUGACGCUGUUUUAGCUGGGGGCAGAGCAGGGGCAUCUGACAAUGCAGCCUGUCCACUGAUGUACAGAUGGCAUGGCACGCGGUACUGGGGUGCAGCCAAUGGCCUUGCUGGAAUCUUGCAAGUGCUACUUAACUUUCCUCUUUCCAAAGAGGAUGCCGAGGAUGUUAAGGCAACUUUAAGGUACAUGAUGAGCAACCGGUUCCGUCAUAGCGGAAAUUACCCUUCAAGCGAAGGAAACCCGAGGGACAAAUUGGUGCAAUGGUCACAUGGUGCAACUGGCAUGGCCAUCACCCUCUGCAAGGCAUCUGAGAUGUUUCCAAAUGAUAGGGAGUUCAGAGAUGCUGCUAUAGAAGCAGGGGAAGUUGUUUGGAAGAGUGGGCUAGUGAAGAAGGUAGGCCUUGCCGAUGGUGUGGCAGGAAACGCUUAUGCCUUCCUUUCCCUUUAUCGCCUUACUGGAGAGAGCAUAUAUGAGGAGAGAGCAAAGGCAUUUGCAAGCUUCUUAUAUCAUAAUGCUAGUGGACUCGUGACCAUAGGCCAUGCUCGUGGAGCUGAUCAUGCCUAUUCUCUUUUUCAAGGACUAGCUGGAACAGCUUGCCUUUGGUUUGAUCUUUUCAAGCCUGAAAGUUCCAGAUUCCCUGGGUAUGAACUAUAAGUGAAACAGUUUUAGCUGAAAUUUACAUUAUAUGAAAUUUAAGCCUUUCAUGUAUAUAAGAGUGUAACUUAAGCGCUCUAGUUCUAAAUUUGAAGAAAACUUGGGUAUAGAUAUCAAUCCAAAGUUUUAUUUAGUAA